CCGCGCCAGGGCCGUCCCGGGGCGCCGCCGCCCUCCGCGCUCCGCCGGUGCCGGUGCGGGUGCCGGGCCCCGGCCGGGCUGCGCCACACCGGGCCGGGCCGGGCGGGGCCGCGCCGCCUGCAUGACCCUCCGGCGGCGCGGCGAGAAGGCGACCAUCAGCAUCCAGGAGCACAUGGCCAUCGACGUGUGCCCCGGCCCCAUCCGGCCCAUCAAGCAGAUCUCCGACUACUUCCCCCGCUUCCCGCGCGGCCUGCCCGCCGCCGCGCCCCGCGCCGCCGCGCCCCCGGCCGCCCCCGCCGCCGGCCGCCGCAGCCCCGCCGACGGCGCCCGCGACGACGAGGAGGACGUGGACCAGCUCUUCGGAGCCUACGGCGCCGGCCCCGGCCCCGGCCCCGCGCGGCCGCCCGCCAAGCCGCCCGAGGAGGAGCCGGACGCCGACGGCUACGACUCCGACGACUGCACCGCCCUGGGCACGCUGGACUUCAGCCUCCUGUACGACCAGGAGAACAACGCGCUGCACUGCACCAUCGGCAAGGCCAAGGGCCUGAAGCCGAUGGACCACAACGGGCUGGCCGACCCCUACGUCAAGCUGCACCUGCUGCCGGGGGCCAGUAAGGCAAAUAAGCUCAGAACAAAAACUCUCCGAAACACGCUGAACCCCACGUGGAACGAGACCCUCACUUACUACGGGAUCACGGACGAAGACAUGAUCCGAAAGACCCUGCGGAUCUCCGUGUGCGACGAGGACAAGUUCCGCCACAACGAGUUCAUCGGGGAGACGCGCGUGCCCCUCAAGAAGCUCAAGCCCAACCACACCAAGGCCUUCAGCAUCUGCCUGGAGAAGCAGCUGCCGGUGGACAAGACGGAGGACAAGUCCCUGGAGGAGCGCGGUCGCAUCCUCAUCUCCCUCAAGUACAGCUCGCAGAAGCAGGGCCUGCUGGUGGGCAUCGUGCGCUGUGCUCACCUGGCCGCCAUGGACGCCAACGGCUACUCGGACCCCUACGUGAAGACAUACCUGAAGCCAGAUGUGGACAAGAAAUCCAAACAUAAGACAGCCGUCAAGAAGAAGACCCUGAACCCAGAGUUCAACGAGGAGUUCUGUUACGAGAUUAAGCACGGGGACCUGGCCAAGAAGACCCUGGAGGUCACCGUCUGGGAUUACGACAUUGGGAAAUCCAACGAUUUCAUUGGCGGUGUGGUUCUGGGCAUCAAUGCCAAGGGCGAGCGCCUGAAGCACUGGUUCGACUGCCUGAAGAAUAAGGACAAGCGGAUCGAACGCUGGCACACGCUCACCAACGAACUCCCUGGGGCCGUGCUCAGCGACUAACCGGCCCCGCCUGCCACCGCACCCAACCUUGCCUGUCACUUGGCCCAACACAGGCCUGGCCCUUCUCAGCUGCCACCGAGGGCCUUGGCCCCACGAUGGGGGAGACAGGACACCUGCUCGGACACAGGACCACUGCAGCCCCUUUUGGAGGCCAUGGAGGUCCCAGCCACCCUGAGGAACAAGGGCAGAGGGCCCGGCAGGGCCAGAGGGAGGCGGAGAGGAGCUUGGCCUCAGCACCUGCCCCAGGGACGGGGCGCCCGGGAGGGAGCACCCUCCUCGAGCUCAGCAGUAAGUCACAGGACCGGGCUAAGAGAACAGAAUGCAGGGGCACCUUGGUGGGUCCAAUGAGAACUCCUGAGACGAACACUAGGAAGAGGAUGUUGGGGAGGAGAUUGGGGACAGGACUCUGACUAGAUCCGUUCAUCUCUGGCAUUCCUGGGCAGGUGGGAAAAGGUUAACCUGAGAGCCAGGAGUCUAGUGAAUUUCCCAGAAGCUCCUAGUGAAUGUGGGCACUUGGCAGCUACGUCCCUCGGUUAUUUCACAAGCCUCUGGGGAUGGCUGAAACCCAGGGCCUGCCCUCAGGGAGCUCCCCAUCUAGUCAGGGGCUGGAAACGAACCGUUACAGUGGGGAGUGAGGAAUGCAUGGCCAGCAUGGCCCGCCUGUGGGUGCUGUGGACUCCGCUGGGAGGGCUCCCUAGAGGGGUCAUGCUGCAGCAAGGCCGGGGAGGGGAGGGGAGUGUCAGGCAGCCAAAAGGGAGGCGGCGGGCAUGGUCUGCAAAGGCCGGGAGGGGGGAGAACGGUGGCUGGGCCAAGGGCAUAUGAGGGACGCAGCUGUUUCCCGGGGGGAAGGUGUGUGAGGACAGGAGUGCGGCCCAGCACGAUGGUGCCCAGCCCUGCUCCCGCUCCAUCCCUGGCGGCCGGGCCAGCCUGGGCUCCUAGCUUUGGGGAAUGACGGAAGCCCUGCGGUGAAACUGAUGUUGUGUAGGGUCAAGUUCAAUCCUCAGGCCCAAUUCACCCACCUUUGAUCCCAUUCUCCUCCUGAGGAACCUGGAGGAUCGGCCCUGCCUCUCGUUCGUCCCAGCAUCAGAUUAGCUGUAGUCAGAACAGGGAAAGGCCCCUUGUUUUGCAUGAAAAGCAGCAAAAAUUCCUCCUGUCCACAUCCACUUCUCUUCCUCUGCCCCUCCCAGGCCUUGGGGCUUGUAGGGGGGGACCCCAGACGGUUGCCCACACCCGGCCCCACUGUGGCCGCUGAUGUCCCUCGGGAAUACUGGGCAGCACUAAGGGCCUGGUUUCUGGGGAAGCUAAGAGGAAGAUGGCCUGCCUGUGGCCUGAGUUAGGGUCUCCAAAGAGGGGUUGAAGGAUUGGGGCUCAAGUCUGACGCCCCAGACUUCCUGCUUACCAAGGGGCCUUCAGGAAUUCUGGAUGAAAAAAAUGCAUCACCAAGGAAUUUGUGUUCAGUCACUGCACUGACGGGAGAGGGAACCCACAGAGGGAAAGGCCUUGCAGCGUUUCCACAACUAAGGCAGACCAGGCGCCAUGGCCCCCGUCCCACCCCAGCCCAGUGCUCUGGACACACGAGAGUUCCUGCUAGCUGCCAGCCUGGGGCUGUGCCCUGCCUGCUGCCCACACACACCAACGGCAGCAGCAGGGCUCACAGGGGUUGACCUGCUGCUGCAAACAAAGCACACCACCAUCCGAGGCCUGGGGUAAUGAUGUGAAUCCCCACCAAGUGCCCGUCAGCCCUGCCCCAGUCUGCAGGGAACUCGGGACCGCAGCCCCCACAGUACCUGGCAAGCUUGGCUGGUCAUGGAACCUUGGUUUUCCCAUCCUUAAGAAGGCUUUGUGCACUGUCUCAAAUGGAUCUUCACAACCCUUGUGUUUGGGCGAGCUCUGGGUAUCUUAACUUUGCUUUUCGGAGGGCCUUAUUCAGAGAGCAGACCCGCAGCCUCUGUAAAAACAGAAAUGCUGAGAGGCAAAGCUGGAAAGGGCUGUGAGUCCACCUGGAACAACUUCCUUACGAGACACACAGGGAAACCGAGGCUCGGCUGGGCAAGAGCCCAGGACUCCCAGCACCCAGUCCGGGGCCCUCUGCUGCCCAGGCUGUGCAGAGGCCCUCAAGAUGGCCCAGCCGACCGCAGGAGGCAAGGCUUCCAGCGCACAGCCACCGGGAGUGGAGGGUGGGGCCCUGGAGCAGGAGGGCCCCCAGGGAGUGGCCCUUCACAGAACCCUGGCGCUGUUCUCAACCACUUGCAGAUUGUAUCUCUGUUAAAGAAAAAGCUCUUUGAGAAGCUGCAAAGCUCUGCCUUUGACCCCCAAACUGGCAUCUUUCCUCUGACCCAUCAGAUCUACAAAGAUGGGAAACUGACACCAAAAAGGAAAAAAUGUCAUUUCAAAGUUAGGUGUCAGUAACCAGGGGGUCUCCCAAUGCGCUGCAUCCACCUCCACCACCUCCCUCCCUAACCUCCGCCCCACCCAACGCCAGCACUAGCCAGUCCCGACGGGCCAGUCUUCCAACCCUGAAGCGGCAACCUCCUGACCUCUAGGGGUGAGAUCGAGGAACUGCACCCCCCGGCCCGUGCAUGUCCAGUCUUUGUUCCUGCCCAACUGAGAACCUCUCGAUGCAUGGACUCUGGCUGUCCUUGACACAGACUCUCGUGCACUGCUUAACACUGUUUUGCUACCAUGUGACGGGUGCAGACCAUCCUUAAACUGCAGCCCCACACACAAUUUUUGUACUUUCGUCUGACCUACCCAAAGGUGUCCUUUUUAAGUCUCAUUUGUUAAUAUUUGUAAAGACAUAUAAUCCAAAGUAAAUGGAAACGUUCAUUGCAA